GUUCUUCAACAUGGAUAAGUCUGCGAAUAGCACGGGCCACAGCCGAUAGUACCUGAGCAGGAGUUGCCACUACCCAUUUACGCGAAUUCCGCCCCUCCGCUAUCACCGAGUUACAAGAUGGUGCGCGAGAAGAAAUCGCCCCACAAAACAGACUCACAGAAAUCGAGCACCAAUUUAGUGGGCAAGUUUACGCAGAGCGUACGUCGCAUCGUACAAGACGUUAAAGACGAGGGCACUUCUAGCGGGCAGACAAAGGAAGAAGUGAUCGAAACGAAUGAGCGUCUACGCGCAGUGCGGAUACGACUUGACGAAAACUAUGACACGGCUAAGAAAGCGCUCGUCACUCUCAUGGGACGGUACAACGAGUCCAAAGCCGAGAGGAAUGUCUUCACUAGAUACGCACUGCUCAAGGCAAUGAUUAAGGAUGUGAUUCGUCUGGAAACACAAUACUGGUCUCUGGUGGAGAUUCCGAAACAAGAGAAAGCGGAGACUGUACCUGCGUUCGUGCUCCGCGCCUGCGCUAUCAUGGAGAAGACGCAGAAGUCUGGUGAAGGUGUCAAAACUUCCUCCAAGCUCGCUGAGGAAGCCGCUGAUCGAAAGGAGAGGAUAGAGAGAUUGAAUGAUAUGACUACGUCUCAAAUAGAGACAGAGAACACGCAGAUGACUAACGACCUCUAUCGUCUACUGAAGAAGUACACUGGACUGAGGAACCUCAUUAGGGAGCUGAAGUCGGAUUACGUGAGCUCCAAAGUGUACCCUAUGUUCCCGCGAUACACAAUGCUGAAGGACAUGAUCAAGGACAUUAUGCACGACCCCGAUUACAUGGAAGUCUGCCACGAGGUGGACCCAUAGCGCGGGGUGCGCAAAUAGUUGAGGAGCUCUUUCACCGACCGCAGGAGGUCGAGUCGCCGCUAGAGCCAACGGGGGCGUAGAGUGGGGGUUAAACCCUCAUAUUCUGGCUACGCUUGUGUUGGUGACUGUAAUUUCUAUGCUUGAUGUUUCGCUUGGAAUUUAAGCUUUAUAAUGCUUAUAUAAAUGGGUUAUAAUUAAUGUUGGAAUGGUAAUAUAUCUCUUAGUGUUUCAACGGAUUUGACGCCAUUAUCUAUGCCUUAGAUUCCGUGUAGUGCGUUAGUUGGAAUAAGUAUUUCUAACAUUGUGUUUAGAUUCAUAAAUGGUGUUAACAUCAAGCAAAGAAAACUACAGACUGCGGUGUUUAGUGAGACGAGUAUUCAUAUUAUUUGCGCUCAGUUACGGACUUUGUUUAUAGUGUUAAGGUGUGUUUACUUGUUUUGAAUGUACUCGUCUUUAAAGUGUUCACUUGCUUACGUUUUUUAACUUGCAAUUGGUGAUGUUUUAUUUGACUUCUGUAAUGUAAAUCAAACAAUCUUAGCACUAUGGAUGUAACUUAACUUGUAGUUGUGGAAUAGGUGAAAUUAAUUUGCUUUUAGGAGUAUGUAAAAUGCACAUGUAUUUUUUAAUCGAUUUGUUUUAUUAUCUGUAUUUCUGUUGCAGUAAACUUGUACUUAUGAUCACCCUUCUAAU